CUAUGGAGCAGAUGAGAGCAAGUAUGGUCCCAUUUGGGAGAUCAUUGAUAGGAGAUGGCAUCAUCAGCUUCAUAGGCCCAUCCAUGCGGCAGCCUAUUAUCUGAAUCCGGCAUUCCGUUUUAUCCCUUCUUUCAAGGCUGAUGCGGAGGUCCUUAAUGGGCUAUAUGCAAUCAUGGAGAAGAUGGGACCUGCUGGUACUUCUCAGAUAGACCUUUUUUGAGAGCUACAGAUGUUCUCAGAUGCACAAGGGGAGACCUUCUCUUGUCCUGUCGCCAAAGACGGUAGGACAACUAUGAUGCCAGAUCAUUGGUGGAACUUUUUUGGCCCAGAGACACCAAAUGUUCAGAAGUUGGCCAUUCGUAUCUUGAGCCAACCAUGCAGCGCAUCAGGUUGUGAGCGCAAUUGGAGUAUGUUAGAGCACAUACACUCCAACAGGCGCAAUAGAUUAUCUGUGGAGAAGAUGAAUGAUCUCGUCUUUGUUCACUACAACCUCCGCCUGAGAAUGAGAAAGAAUGCAACAGUUGACAUGUCUCCUAUCAUUCUAGAUGAGGUUGAUCUUGAAGCAAAGUGGGCCAAUGAGAAUCAGACAGCUCCUGGGACUCCUACAGUUGUAUUUAGUGAUGAUGACAUUGAUUGGAUCGACCAGGUAGAUAUAGAGGCUGAGGCUGUAGCCAUGGCAGAGGAGGAGCAGAGAACACGAGCAGAGACAGGAAAUACUGAGACUCAGAGUGACACAGCUGUUCCUGAUGUUGGUGAGCAUGACACAGUCGUUCCUGAUGUUGGUGAGCAUGGCAUGGUGUCACGGGGAGCGACUAUGGCUGUUGAAUCAUCCAGGACCUACUUUAAAUGCCUUGGGCACGGCCCUCUGAGCCAUAGGCUUGUACACUUGUAGUUGUAUUUAGUAUUUACUAUUUACCUUUGGUAUUUGUAUG